AUGCCACCGUCCGCGAGGUGCCUUGGUUACGAAUUUGCGAUUGGUGAUUGGAGAAAAGCUCUGGAAGAAGAAUGGGCCCAUGUGAGCGCACCAGCAGCUCUGCGGGCGGAUGAGGAAUGGCGGUGCUUCAACCUGGCCGCCUUGAGAUCCAAGGCCAAGCUCAAACAACCACCGUCCUGUGGUGGCGGUUGCAGACCCAAAGGCUCGUUGCCGGAGGUUUUGAAGGUCAAACAAAGAGCGUGUGCCCGCGUCCAUGCGUUUGAUCGCGAUGGAGCUGGCGCCGUGACCGCACGGCUGUUGAAACCGCCUCGGGUGAUCUACUCAGCGCAGGCACCACUUGGCACAGUUGGUUUUGAUUUGAAUCGGGAUGGUCGAGCAGAUUUGGAGAUCAUUGAAGGUUUGCAGUCUGAGGCCACUUCAGUCCUUUCACAGGGCCCCAAGGUGACAUUGUCAACCGGCCCAGCAAAGGGUUAUGUGCGACCUACAGAGUACAGCAUCGCAACCUUUGGGUCACAAAACGAGGCAGGCACACCGGGUUCGCAGUUCAGUCCCUAUGAACGAAAUCAAGGUGUAGAGAUCAGUGCAAAUCAGGCAGAUUGGGCCUUUGUCGAAAGUCAAGAGUCCACUGCAGAAUUUGCCAGGCAUGCCAUGUUCCAGAGCAUUCUCAUCAGGCGCCACGAAGGCAGCGCCUCGGCGGCGGCAGCUUGCCCAGAGGAUGAAGAGGACCUUGCAGGAAUGCGAGUUGGUGCCUUACGGAUGAUGCAACAUGGCGCUGGGCGCAGCAUUGCUGGCAAAGCCGGAUCCAUUCCGCGACGGCGUCCCAAUUGGGUGGCGGCCAACCUGGAGGACCCAACAAAAGAGGUCAGACGGUCCAACAUCGACGAGAGACACUUCUUGACCAACGAUGGGGCGGAAGGAAAGACCAUCUUCGAACGGUCUCGAAGUGCUACGAGGAAUCGGCUGCAGCGCAGUGUGGUUGCAGCAGCAGAAUAUCGAAACAAUCAACAGGGACCAAAGUCCCAGGUGUCCGGAAGUACCACAUCCAUGGAAGACAGAGAUUUGGAAGAAAUUGAGCAAGAUGUGGAAGAACAGAUUCAGAUUGCCAUUGCCAAUGGAGAGUUUGACAACAUCGAAGGCAAAGGAAAGCCUUUGAAGAGCAGCUUGCUGGGCAAUGCUGACAAUCCCUAUUUGGACCAAGCGGAUCGUGUCGGCUACGGCUUGCUCCAGAAGCAUGGUUUCGCCCCGGAGUGGAUCGAGCAACAGAAGCGGAUCCACAGUGACCUGGAGCAGCACGUCAAGGAGCUCUCGGACUCCUGGGCCGCCAGCCAAUUUGAGCCAACACACGCCUGGGUAGCGCAAAAGGACCGAUUUCGGCAAAAGAUGGCUGCUCUCAACAAGCGCGUAAGAGACUACAAUCUCAACUGUCCGGUCAAUGCCCAAAUGCUCCUCUUCGAUCCAGUUGAGGAGGCCAGACGGGCAAAGCGAGAAGCUGAAGCCAGACAAGCGAAGGUGUCUGCCCCAGCGCUGAACACAGGUAUCGCCAUCAGUGGCGCCCGUCAAAGCGCUCUGCUGCGGGAGGCGCUGUUUUCCCGAUCUUCCACCAGGCCUCCGGGAUCAGCGCCGCAACGCUCCGUGUGGUCCAGGAUGGCAAGUGCCUUCAAGUUUGGAAGCUGAGAGAACGAUUACCUGGUAAGUGCUUUCCCUGUAGAAUCCUGCACGGAAGAGGAGAAAUGCAAACCCAUUUGAACUGAGAGGGUAGGAUUUGACCUGGCAAGUCAAUGAAUCAUGGCAGCAAAGCUUGCCUGAAGCCCGAGGCCGUGCGCCUGUUUUUCGCAGCAGCUUUCAAAGACAUUGCUGCAAAGACCAGCAUCCGAAGUUUCCAGAAAUCAUCAUCGUC